CACCCGAACCUGCCGGGCGCUGCUGUACUUUGCAGUUUGCACAAUUGCAGCUCUGGGCCACAACACGCGCAUCGGCAUCGGCAUCGUUUUCCCUUUUCCUAACCUGAUCUCCCCCAUCAUUUCCCAUCUACCCCGCCAGCCACCCAAGCCUUUCGCUGAUCGGCUCCGAGUUUGGGUUUGACCCUCCCCCAAAAGCAAUGGCGUUUUCCGCCUAGAUUUCAGUAUUCCUCCUGUAACCGCGCACCAAACCGAAGUGAAGUGGCAGCUCCUCGUCGUGUACCACCCGCGCGCACGGCACAUUAACGAACGCCACCCACCGCCACCUACUCGCUGGUUAACUUGGCAGUAUAGUAGUGAGUGCCAGUGGCCACCACGGAGGCGGAGGAGGUAAUGCGUGCGGUGGCACUGCUGCUGCGCCUCUGCCUCUUCUUCAUCGGGCCCGUGUCGCCGCCAUGACGACGCGCUCGGGGGCGGCGGCGCUGUUGCUGCCGCUACUGGCGGUGCUACUGCAUUGGGCCGCCGGCGCCGGCGCGGCGACUGCGGCGGAGCGGCGGAUCCUGCUGGACUUCAAGGCGGCCGUGACGGCGGACCCGGGCGGCGUGCUCGCGUCCUGGACUCCUACGGGCGACCCGUGCGACUUCGCGGGGGUCUCCUGCGGCGGCGGGCCGGGCGGCGGACCCGUGCAGCGGCUGCGGCUCCACGGCUUGGGCCUCGAGGGCGCGCUGUCCCCGUCCCUGGCGCGGCUGCCGGCGCUGGAGUCCGUCUCGCUCUUCGGCAACGGCUUCUCGGGCGGCAUCCCUCCGGGCUUCGCGGCCCUCGCCCCCACGCUCCACAAGCUCAACCUCAGCCGCAACGCGCUGUCGGGCGAGAUCCCGCCUUUCCUCGGUGCCUUCCCCUGGCUCCGCCUCCUCGACCUCUCCUACAACGCCUUCUCCGGCCAGAUCCCGCCAGCGCUCUUCGACCCUUGCCCCCGCCUCCGCUACGUCUCCCUCGCGCACAACGCGCUUCGGGGCCCCGUCCCGCCCGGGAUCGCCAACUGCUCGCGACUCGCUGGGUUCGACCUCUCCUACAACCGCCUCUCCGGCGCCCUCCCGGACCAGCUCUGCGCGCCGCCGGAGAUGAACUACAUCUCCGUCAGAAGCAACUCGCUCUCCGGGGAUAUAGCCGGCAAGCUCGCCGCCUGCCGCAGCAUCGACCUGUUCGACGUCGGGAGCAACCAGUUCUCCGGGGCCGCGCCUUUCGGCCUCCUGGGCCUGGUGAACAUCACCUACUUCAAUGUUUCCUCCAACGCCUUCGACGGCGCGAUCCCCGACAUUGCCACCUGUGGCAGCAAGUUCUCCUACUUCGACGCCUCGGGGAACCGGCUCACCGGGCCGGUGCCGGCGAGCGUGGUGAAGUGCCAGAGCCUGAGGGUCUUGGAUUUGGGGGCGAAUGAUCUUUCUGGAGACAUACCGCCUACCAUUGCGACGCUGCGGUCGCUUUCUGUGCUAAGGCUUGCCGGCAAUGCAGGUAUUGCCGGUUCGAUCCCUCCCGAGCUUGGAGGAAUUGAGAUGCUUGUCACACUCGACCUUGCGGGCCUUGCGCUCACUGGAGACAUUCCGGGGUCCCUGAGCAAAUGCAAGUUCUUGCUUGAGCUGAAUUUGUCUGGCAACAAAUUACAAGGAGUGAUCCCGGACACCCUCAACAACCUGACUUACCUCAGGAUGCUUGAUCUCCACAGGAACCAACUUGACGGAGGCAUUCCAUUGUCGCUUGCACAGCUCACGAACCUUGAUCUCCUAGACCUCUCGGAGAAUCAUCUGACUGGGCAAAUCCCUUCAGAUCUUGGGAACCUCUCUAACCUGACACAUUUCAACGUGUCUUUCAAUGGCCUCUCCGGCACCAUCCCUACCGCGCCGGUCUUGCAGAAUUUUGGUCGCACCGCCUUCAUGGGAAACCCAUUACUGUGCGGAGCGCCAUUGAACAAUCUGUGUGAUGGAUCCCGGCGACCGAAACGAUUGGCUGUGGCCGUCAUAAUCGUCAUUGUAGCUGCAGCCAUUAUACUUAUUGGGGUUUGUAUUGUUUGCGCCAUGAAUAUCAAGGCCUAUACAAGCAGGAGUAAGGAGGAGCAAGAGGGGAAGGAGGAGGAGGAGGUGCUGGUCUCUGAGAGCACACCGAUGGCAUCUCCAGGCCCAAAUGCCAUCAUCGGGAAGUUGGUUCUCUUCACCAAAAGCUUGCCUUCAAGGUACGAAGACUGGGAGGCAGGAACUAAGGCACUGGUUGACAAAGAUUGCCUUGUUGGUGGAGGGUCAGUCGGGACGGUGUACAAGGCCACCUUUGAGAACGGAUUGUCCAUUGCCGUGAAGAAAUUGGAGACACUUGGAAGGGUGAGAAACCAGGAUGAGUUUGAGCAUGAGAUGGGCCAGCUCGGUAACCUCAACCACCCCAAUCUGGUCACUUUCCAGGGUUACUACUGGUCAUCCUCGAUGCAGUUGAUUCUGUCUGAGUUUGUGACCGAAGGGAGCUUGUAUGACCACCUCCACGGGAACCGCUAUCGAGCAUUUUCUGGAAGCAGCAGUAGAGGUGGGGGAGGUGAGCUCUCCUGGGAGCGGAGGUUCAAGAUUGCACUUGGAACAGCUCGAGCACUUGCAUAUCUUCACCAUGAUUGCCGACCACAAGUCCUGCAUCUCAACAUCAAGUCCUCCAACAUAAUGUUAGAUGAACAAUAUGAAGCCAAGUUGUCUGAUUAUGGAUUUGCAAAGCUGUUGCCUAUUCUUGGUAGCUUUGAGCUGAGUAAAUUUCACGCUGCUAUUGGGUACAUUGCUCCGGAGCUAGCAUCUCCGAGCUUGAGAUAUAGCGAUAAGAGUGAUGUGUUUAGCUUUGGGGUGGUAUUGCUCGAGAUUGUGACAGGGCGGAAACCAAUGGACGGCCCUGGGGCUGGGGCUGCCACAGCACUGGGUCUGCAUGAUUAUGUCAGAGAGAUAUUGGAGGGUGGAACUGCAUCGGACUGCUUUGAUAGGAGCCUGAGGGGAUUCAUUGAAGCCGAGUUAGUCCAAGUGCUCAAACUGGGCCUGGUAUGCACAUCCAACACACAAUCAAGCCGACCAAGCAUGGCGGAGGUGGUGCAGUUCUUGGAAUCUAUUAGAACUAAUUCUUGAUGUUCUGCUAUCUGGAACAUAGUAGCAGAAUAGGAUGUUAAAACAGGAAAAGAGUUUUCUGAUUUUUUUAACAGAUGAGCAUCACAUUCUUCUUUUAUUCUUUAUUGUGGCCCCAGUUCCUUUGUAAAUGUAUUUAGAAUUGCUUGCUGAAUAAGUGGCUAUUUUGGUUAAAUUACUAACCCUCUUUAGGAUCGUGUGUCGUGUCUUUGUAUUUCCCUUUUUUUGUACCAAGUAGAGAUCCCCCUUUUAACUAUGGAAAGUGGAAAUGUAAGAGUGAGGGCUCUGGUUGAGAACCCCUUUUCUUCA